AGAUGAGGUCCAACGGAAAACGGUCCACACUCCAUAUACGCUUAUAAACAGAUGGAGACGGCUAAUCUUAGCGGGAACUUCUAAAUCAGUCCGCCCAAGAAAUACUGCUGCUUAUCGAUACAGCCGAUAUCACAAUGGGUGAGAGGAAGCCCGCCUUCUUCAAGGUCUUGACCAAAAACUUUGCCACUUACCUGAGGUUGCCGCCGUUAUUUACCUUUAGAUUUAGAAAGCGAUUGCCGCAAUACCCAGUUCUGACGGUAGGAACUGAUGAAGAAUGGCGUGUGAAGAUGGAGGAGGUUGCGGAGGCCCAGUGUUUCACCAAGGGCUGGCCCAAAUUCGUGAAGGACCUGAAUUUGGAUCUUCACACUUUUCUGGUCUUUUGGUUUGAAUCCCCGUCCAAAUUCUUCGUUGAAGUUUAUAAUGAAGACGGCUCUGCUAGGAUUCUUGAUCAUCUUCCUUCUAAAGGUAUAGUUUCCCCAAAGAAGGCAUAUGCACGGGAAUCUGCUGUAGAGCCCUUAUCAUCGGAUGUACGUACCCGGAAGAGGAAAAGGGCAUCAUUUUCUAUCGAAAUGAAACCAUCAAACAGAUACAGAUGGAGAAUUCCAUCACAAUUCAUGAAAGAGACUGGAAUUAUGGGAAGCAAGUGUUUGGUACUAAAGGAUCCAAGUAAAAGGGAAUGGCCGGUGUUGAUAUCGUGCCAUGGUGGGGAUUGCAAGGAGAGAACUGAAAUGGCAAAGGGGUGGAAUGAAUUCCGGGCCAAUAAUGGCUUACUUGAUGGGGACAUUUGCACCUUCUACUACCCUGCUGAUGGAAGUGAAGAAGAAGAAGAAGACGGUGGUGGCUGGUUGCUCCAAGUUGAGGUGACAAGAGCAGGUUCUUAGGCCUCUCUGACUCCUUUGUUAGGCCAAAAAGGAACUUGCCAUAAUGCCAUCUGCCUUCUGGGUUAUGUUUUCUUCUGUUUUUGGCCAUAAGGCCAUUAACCGAUAAUGUAGAAGAAAUGCACUAAUUAGUAAUCUUAGACAUCACCUUUUAGUUUUGACUUUUGACACCAAAGUGCUCAUCGUGUCUAUAGGAACAAAAGUGAAUGUGGUGCGUUUUUAGCAUUUUCUUGUACAAUCUCAAUUUUGCCAUUUCUUUGUCAACCAUUUUUGUACACCAGAAUGCAUGGAACACAUUUCUUGG